AUGUCACGACAAUCUCUCGAAGACGACCUGCCCGAAUUCACGCCUAUGUCAUGGAAACUACAGGAGAUACGCGAGGCGAUACCGUCACGCUUGUUCGUCCGCGAUACUCGGAGAGGCUCGGCAUGGCUCGCCCUCGAUUUGCUUAUGGCAGCGGUCUGCUGGAAGCUCGCCGUGCACAUCGAUCCUAUUUUCAGGAGUCGGACAGCAGUCCAGCUCUUGACUCCAACGGGCGCCAUCGUCGCCCGUUGGGGCUGCUGGAUUGUGUAUUGGUGGUUCCAGGGGCUGAUUUUCACCGGGGUUUGGGUCAUCGGUCAUGAGUGCGGCCACGGCGCUUUCUCCGCGAACCGAUAUGUCUGUGACCUGAUUGGUUUCGUUGUCCAUACAGCGUUGUGGACGCCCUACUUCAGCUGGAAAAUUUCUCAUCAUCGUCACCAUUGUAACCAUGCCUCCAUGGAGAGAGACGAAGUGUACGUUCCGAAAACACGGAGCGAUCUCGGCAUCCCCCAGGAGAGCGACGACGGCAAGAUCGACUACGACGAAUACUUCGGAGACACACCUAUUUAUACACUGUACAUGCUCGUUCGGCAACAGCUAUUGGCGUUCCCUGCUUACCUCUUGACCAAUGUCUCUGGUCAGAAGAACUACCCAAGGUGGACGAAUCACUUCGAUCCAAAUUCCAUCCUAUUCACGGAGGAGCAACGUCAUGCCGUCAUCAUCUCCAACAUCGGCAUUCUAGGCAUGAUCGCUCUCGUCCGGCUUGCUAGCAUCACUUGGGGCGCAGCGUCCGUGGUGAAGUUUUACGGCAUACCAUGGCUAUGCGUUACUCACUGGUUCGUCAUGAUCACGUACCUGCACCACACGGAUCCUGAGCUGCCGCACUAUCGCCAACCGGAAUGGAACUUUCAGCGGGGGGCUGCCGCAACAGUGGACCGUGAUUUCCUGGGCUGGAUGGGCCGAUUCUUCCUACACGACGUGGCCCACUACCAUGUCGUCCACCAUUUUUUCCCAAAGAUGCCAUUCUACCACGGCGAAGAGGCCACCCAGUAUCUGAGGUCGUUCAUUGGUGAACACUAUCAUCGCUCGGAUAAGCCCGUCUUCAAGGCACUGUGGGAUAACUAUAACGACUGCCAAUUCGUCGAAGACACAGGCGACGUCUUAUUCUAUCGCAAUAAGAAGGGUCAAGCUGUCCUGCGACCUGCGGCGACGCACGGAAAACCUAAGGCAGAAAAUGGGAGCGAUCUUUGA